CCAGUAGUACACAUCGUAUUGCCAUAACAGUAUCUGGGUUUUCAGUUUAUAUUUGUCAGUAGAGAAAACAUUGGAGCCAAAAACAAAUCGGUGUGAACGAGCACUUUCGACAGCAUUUGAUAAUGGAGACUGGUUCUGGAACCGAAGUGGAUAUAGAGGGGGGCAUGACACCCCCGGAGCCGGAGGGGGGUGCACCGGGGAGCAUACUGGAGGCGCCCCUCACGGCAAAGCCCAAAGCGCCCUAUCUCAAGAAGUUCAUAGAGCCCGAUUCCGAUGAGGACGUGGUGGGCGAUCUACGCCAGCUGUACAAUAUCCACGAGUCCUGGCGCACGCUCCUCUCGCUGCCCAGCUGCCAGAAGGUCAUGGUCUCAGAGAACGUUCAGAAGAGCAUGAAUAUUGAAGUGGGUGUCAAUGUCACGCAGGAGUUCCCCUGGAAGCAGGUUAAGUACAAGGAUCUGCGGGACAUUCUGUUCGAGGAGCUGGAGAACGUGAUGGAUCUGAUGAAGCUGUUCAAGAACUUCAACCAGGAAAACUACGUGCUGAUCGGCUUCUGUCCCUUACUCACCGAGUCCGUGGAGGACCCACCGGAGGGCGAUCCCUUCAUCUUCUUUUCCAGCCCCAAGGAUACCAAGACGGCCAUGGGCAUCAUUCAGAACAUGGAGGCCUUUGAGCGCUGGCGGAUGCAGCGGCGCCUGCGCAAGAAGCCCCGCCGCUGGGUUAGCCAGGGCACCGAGAACGAGAUGAUCGUCCUGGUGGAGCACUUCAAGGACGAGCCCAUCGACGUCGAGAUCCAGAGCGUGUACCCCAUCCAGGAGCCCAAGCACGUGGCCUUCGACUACCGCAUGGCGCGAGAUGUGCGCGACGGCGUCAUCGAGCUGCUGCCCAACGAGAAUAUCAAGUUCGAAAAUGUCACCCGUCGUCGGAUUACCGUCGCCGUUCAGUCCGCCCCGGCGCUCAUCCAUCGCGAGCAGCAGACGAAUCCCACAUUUCCCUCGAAUGCCUGGUCGCAGUAUCUCUACGAGAUCGAUGAAAGCGAUCUCGAGCUGGACGACACCGAUGUGGAGGAGGAAGAGGGUAAGCUGCCGAAGCCCAUAAGCCCUGUAGAAGAUCAGGAGGUGCCGGUGAAGCCGCCACCCGAAAUGUCCGAUCAAAUCAAGCUGCUGCUCAACACACUCGACUUCAACCAAAUCGACAGCUAUCGCGAUGACUAUAUGCUCAUAUCGAACAAGCAGGUGGUGCAGUACACCAAUCAGUACCUUCAGGAGUUCAUCUGCUUUGCCAACAUUUCGAAGAGCAACAAGCGCUUUGUGGCUGGCCACGACUGGUACCCGCGCCUCUCCGGAUUGAUCGCUGUGUCGUAUGCUUUCAGCACACCGGCCACCGUCAAGCUGGCCACGAAUCAGGAGGACUGGGUGCAGCAGGCGGUCCUCCAGCCGAAUCCCGUGCUGCUGUGGAGCUUUGCGGAUAAUCUGAACUACAAGCUGGAGUUUGAGGCGCCAAUCGAGACGACGGCACUGGCCUUCUGUCCCUUCAAUGGGGAUCUACUGCUGGGCGGCUGCAAGAACGGACAGGUGGUCAUAUGGGAUCUGCAGGGACGCUGUGAACGCUUGGAUGAGGAGGAAUACCUGUCGGCCGCCCAGGCCAAAUACCGCACAAUGAUCGGGGACUUUCUCAAUUGGACCAUUGAUCUGGACGAGGAUGUGAUAGUUGCCCCGGCCACCAUCUCGCCGCUGGAGAACUCUCCCAAGGGCGCCAUCACUGGAUUCUAUUGGCUGGGCAAUCAGUUUUAUAUGAACAACUUUGGCAAGGUGUACACCGAUCCGGACACACGCGUUCAGCACAAGUUCUUCGUUACCUGCGCCUUUGAUGGCACCGUCAGCUUCUGGAAUCUGGAGCCGAGCUCCAAGCAGGAGAAGGACAAAAUGCGGACACGUCUGCUGCCCAAGGAGCUGACCCAGAGCGAGUCGGCCAUCAAGUCGCAGAUGGUGAAGCCCACCUACAAUCUGUACUUCAAUGAACCACUGACGGGGAUCAUAGCGGACAGCUCGGUGUUCUCGAUUCGCACUCCACCGCCCAAGAUGAUCAUGGAGAGCCCAGCCAAUUAUCCCACUACGCUGGUGCCCAAGAAUCCGCCAACCCUAAGGCAGACCAUGAUCCUGUCCACGUUCUAUGGGCACAUUAGUCGCGUCGAAUGGCUGGGCAUGUACGCGGACUCCGAUCCCAAGGAGAUUGUCAACUGUUCGGUGCAAUUUGCGAUGGUGCAUGAUGGUCCCGUGGUGUCUGUCCGCAAGAAUCCCUUUUAUCCGGAGCUCUUCGUCUCCAUCGGGCGCAAUGUGUUCGCCUUGUGGAAGGAGGACUAUCCCCAUUCGGCGAUCUUCUGGCGGAAGCGACCCUGCGAUCUCACAGCCGUUGCCUGGAGCGAGAAUCGUCCCGCCGUCCUCUAUAUAACCCGCAUCGAUGGGAUACUCGAGGCGUGGGAUAUUCUGGCUCGCGACGAUGAUGCCUGUCUGAUCGAGAUCCUGGGCGGCGGCAUUAUCACUGGCAUCACCGAGCACCGACCCUCGCUGCCCUACAAGAUCCUCGGCAUCGGGGACUACAACAGCAGCAUUCGGAUGGUGAAGCUGCCGCACAGCUUCGAUGUGCCCCUGGACAACGAGCUGCAGAAGCUGAUGAACUAUGUGCUCAAGGAGGAACGUCGCAAGACUGGAAUACAGGCGUGGGAGCAGAAGUACUACGAGCUCAACAAGGACAUCAUCGAGGCGAAGCGCGAGGCCGAGGAGGAGACGCGCAAGGAGAUGGAGCGCAUCGAGCGGGAGGAGCAGCUGAACACCCGCAAACGACAGGCGGAAGGUGAAGAGGAAAACGCUGACAGCAGCAAACCAACCCAGGGAUUGGCCUACAACGAGCGCAUGGCUGUCCUCUGGGACGAGCUGAAUCUCAACCGCAUGAUGACCAUCCUGAUGUCGCGCAAACAGAUGGAUCCCGAGAAGCUGGCCCGCGAGACGGCCCUGCAGAAGGAGCAACUAAGCUACGAGGCAGCCAAGAAGGAGUCGCAUGUGAAGCUUCUAUCCACGCUGGACAGCGAGAUCAACACGAUCCGUUCCCGCAUCCUGCCCGCCGAAGUGCCAGACAUGCAGCGCAGCGAGAUGAUCCAGGAGCGCAUCAAGCGCGAAAUGGAGAUGGCCGACACGUAUGAGCGGGUGUGCGAGAACUCCUUCGAGAUCCUUAACAUGUUCAACGAAUUCAAGCCCAUCGACUACAUAGAGUUCCUGGAGCGGGGCCGUCAGCGUCGCAAGCUGCUCGAUCAGGCCCUGGGCGGCAACACUGAUCGGCUGCUCUGGUACCAGGAGAAGGUCAAGAACAUGGAGAUCUACGAGUGCAACUUUGGCUAUGAGUUCCUGUACACCACGCGCCCGGACUCGGGGCCUCCGAGUGAUGAACCACUUGGACGUCCAAGUGAUAUUCCAUCGGAUACUAUUGCGGCAAUGCUGUCCAACACGGAUACUCUAUCGAAAAGUCAUCAAUCGGAGGAUGUGUAACGAUCUUCCUUUCGCUUACCAGAAGUAUUAUAAUUAUUCCAAAAUGUUAAUAAAUGUUCUCUUAGUUAAC